AGACGAAAUUUCCAGCUCAUCGCCAUACAUAGAAAAAAAAAUUUAAAGCCAAAAAAAAGAACACUUCUAUAAAAGUAGCAAGACUUCAAUCACAUUAAUGCUUAGGAAAGUGAUACAGAUGGAGGCCAAUCAGGUAUCGAAAGAAGCUGCUGUUCGAGUUGGUAACGAUAAAACCUCGUUCAAUAACGGUGAAGUUCUGGUGUCGAAAGGCUCAGGGAAGCUAAAGGUCAGAAAAGGCCAGACGGAGGAUGAGUUCGAAGUACAGAGAAGACAAUUUGCCAAAGAAGGUCCUGUGAUAAACACGUUGGACUGGCUGGAAAAGAUCGAAUACGACAAGAUAGACCCUGAGGUGAAGAGCGAUAGGCUGAAGCUGGAAAACUUGUCGCAGAACUUGUACUACAAGAGACAGUACGCCAGAUGCCUCGAAGUUGUAGAGUGUGGAUUGACGCUGUUUAAGGACCUUCCGAGGAAGCGCAUCCAGACAGAAUGGUCGGAGUUGGAGUACCUGAGGGAACAGUGUACGAAGAAACUUGAGGCCAUGAAUUGAACGAAUUGAUGUCUAUGCUAUCUCACUGUAGGUCAAAUGGCUUAUACACCCUGAGCUCGACACAACUCACGCUUCUCUUCCUGAGAACGCUCUCAUCAUCGCUAUCGUCCUGAUCUAGAAACUCGUCUAAAACCUCAACACUCUUGGUGAAAACUUCAACUCUGCAACCUUGGGCUUGGAAAUGAACUCCUAUAUUCAUGGUCUUCUCGAUCGUGGCCCCCAUCCCAAGCACAGUGAUAUAGGACUUCUUUGGCUGCCGGCCUUUCAACGCCUUCAUCAUUGUGUCUACCCGUUUGAUAGCACUUAUGUAC